AUGUCAUUUUCAAUGAAGAAGGAAUUUGGGAUUGGAAAUCGUGUAAUGAAGACUAUAACUUCUUUCCACAAUUUUGAAAAAGAUGGCGUGGACCUAGAGGAACCAAGAGAAGAUACUGCCAGCCUGCCGUCUUCACGGACCAUGAGUUUUGAAGAGGGAGAAAUAUCAAGUGAAAUUACUCAUCACUUUAGAAUUUUUAAAGAGAUUUACGAGAGUCUGGUUGGAAGCUUACAAAAUUUAACAUGCACGAGUCGUGUCAUCUUGUAUGCCAACGGAGUUGUCAGUCGAUGCAUUGAGUAUCCAACAAUAACUCAUCCGAAGGCGGCAAAAAGGAUUCUUCGCUACAUCAAAGGUACAUCAAACUUAGGCUUGUACUACCGUGUUUCUGAUGAUUGCAAGCUAUGUAUUUGUCAUGCAAUAUGGUUGCGAAACAUGUUAAAGGAGUUGAGUUUGCCGCAAAAGAUGCCGACAAAGAUAUUUGUGGACCAUAAGCCAGCAAUAACUUUGGCAAAGAACCCAAUCUUCCAUGAUCAAAGUAAGCACAUUGACACAUGUUAUCACUAUAUUUUAGAGUGUGUUUCUAGCAACGAUGUGCAGUUGGAGUACAUGAAGACGCAUGACCAAACAAUUGAUAUCUUCACCAAGCCUCUCAAGCGUGAAGACUUUGUCAAGUUAAGAUAUUUACUUGGAGUUGCAAAGUUAAGUUUUAGGGAGGCAUUGAAUUUUUAA